GUUUCCACUGACAGGAGACCGCAACGUUACCUCCGCUGUUAGCUACCUCAAAUCUUCCCAAUUUAGAGACUCCGGUGGAAACAAAUUAGCGAAACGGUCAGCCUGUUCAGGCUAAAACGAGGGAGGCAUCCUGGAAGGAGCAGGAGGACCGAAGAUAUGUACUCAGCACGGGUUUUAUGUGACUCCUGUGAGAUGUGAUGAGAUGGCCCAGACGGGGAAAGAGCCGAAGCAGACGAAUCGCGUCGUGCUGGUAAAAAGAAUAAUAAUGAACGAUGACAACCCGAUGCAGCAGGGAAUUGGGAAACCGAGUGUCUACCAUGCUGUGGUUGUCAUCUUCCUUGAGUUCUUUGCAUGGGGGCUACUUACGACUCCAAUGCUUACAGUUUUACAUGAAACAUUCCCACAACAUACGUUCCUGAUGAACGGCCUCAUUCAGGGAGUGAAGGGCCUGCUGUCUUUCAUGAGUGCUCCAUUAAUUGGUGCUUUAUCAGAUGUCUGGGGCAGGAGAUCUUUCCUGUUGGUCACAGUGUUCUUCACCUGUGCCCCAAUCCCUCUGAUGAGGCUCAGCCCUUGGUGGUACUUUGCCAUGAUUUCUGUGUCGGGGGCCUUCUCUGUCACUUUCUCCGUCAUCUUUGCAUAUGUAGCGGAUGUUACCGAGGAGCGUGAGAGGAGCACUGCAUAUGGCCUAGUCUCAGCCACAUUUGCAGCAAGCUUGGUAACAAGCCCUGCUAUUGGGGCUUACCUGUCAGCAAACUAUGGGGAUAAUUUGGUAGUGUUAGUGGCUACGCUCAUCGCCCUGGCUGAUAUAUGCUUCAUACUGUUGGCUGUCCCCGAGUCUCUGCCAGACAAGAUGAGGCUGAACACAUGGGGUGCCCCCAUCUCUUGGGAGCAGGCAGAUCCAUUUGCUUCUUUGAGAAAGGUGGGGAAGGACACCACUGUGCUGCUCAUCUGUAUAACAGUGUUCCUGUCCUACUUGCCAGAGGCAGGCCAGUACUCCAGCUUCUUUCUCUAUUUAAGACAGGUCAUUAACUUCUCACCCACUACAAUUGCUGUGUUCAUUGGGGUGGUGGGGAUCCUCUCUAUCUUAGCCCAGACACUGUUUCUCACUCUGCUAAUGAGGACCAUUGGGAACAAGAACACCGUUCUUUUGGGACUAGGAUUCCAAAUGCUUCAGCUCGCGUGGUAUGGCCUUGGGUCCGAACCAUGGAUGAUGUGGGCAGCUGGAGCCGUAGCUGCCAUGUCCAGCAUUACUUUCCCUGCAGUGAGUGCGCUUGUAUCUCGCAGCGCUGACCCGGAUCAACAAGGACUAGUGCAGGGAAUGAUCACGGGCAUCCGAGGCCUCUGUAAUGGCCUGGGCCCAGCACUGUAUGGCUUUAUCUUCUUUCUCUUCAACGUUGAGCUGAGUGGGAUUGCACCAAUCCAGGCUGACUAUGGCAUCCCUCUUCAGACCCCCAGUGAGCAUGUGAUAGUCCCAGGCCCUCCUUUCCUGCUGGGUGCGUGCACGGUCCUGGUGGCGUUCCUCGUAGCGCUCUUCAUCCCCGAGCACCAGCCGGUGGCUGCAAAGACGUGCCCGGAACGCAAGGGGAGCGGUAGCCUGGCUGGAGCCCACGUCAACACUCCGCUGCCAGGCAGCGAUGAGGACUUUGAACCUCUGCUGGAGGACAGCACUGUGUGACUGAUAUCCCUCUAAGGCCCUAUGAGUGAAAUGAAACAUCCCUCCCCUUAACUUCCUCUACAGCCUCCAGAUGUAUGGAGCAGUUCCAGUGGGCCCCCAAAACCUCCUUGGAGAUUUGAUUUAUUUUUUAUUUAUUUAUUUUUAUUUGAUUUGAUUUUUUUAUAUCAAGAAGAGGUUUAUUGCCUAAAUCUUGAGUGUUUUGAACCAAAGUUUUCCAUGACUCAUUUUUUUACUCUAUUCCGCCACAGCAUACCUAAAUAAAUUCGUAAAGGGCUUGAUGGCGAGUGGGAAUGGAUGUGCUGUAGCUGAAGCGAAGUAGAAACGUGCAAUCAGGCUUCUGGAAAACCUCGGAUCGGAGUGGCUUCAGAGGGCCUCUGUAGUUUGCGAAUGUGUACAGAUGUGUUUUAAAGUCAGGUUUCAUGGGCAAAAGUGCAGUAAAGUGAGUCGCUUGAGCUGAGACGUCAUUGAUCUUACGGUUACUGUCAGUGGAAAUGCUCAGAACUUUUGGGAGUUUUCUUUCAGUUAAUAGAACUCAAAUGUGCAUAUGUACAUUUAUCGUCUUUUGGAUUAAGAGCCAUGAGAUUACCAUGAUCAGUGAGAUUGCGUUGAAUCCUCAUCUUAGUUACUGGGACUUUCUGUUACCAAGCCUUAAAGCUACAUAUCCAGUGAAGAGCGACUUAGAAUUUAUAUAUUAUUUAUUAACUUAAGAAUUUUUUUGUGACCAUUCAUAGAAUUUUAAAACUGAGAGGUUUGUGCAGUUUUGGAUGUCAUUCUAUUCAUUCCCUAAACAUCAAGCUUCAUCGAUAGUUACAUUGUUAUUUGAACUUCACAGCAGGUCAGACACUUGGUGCUAAUAGAAUUGCUGAGCCUGACAUAGUUACUGUGAGCAGCAGGUCGAUUGAGGUCAUUAAAAGAACCUCAAGGAUUGUUUAUGUUGACGAAGCAUUUAGGCAGAUCAAGUUUCUAUGCAGUAGUUCUGGCAUUUUUGCUUCAGUUUGCAAGACACUGUUUAUUUAAUUGGUUUAUAAAGCAGAGCUGUGUAAUAAUGUUGUCUAACGUUGACUAGUUUUCACCAUUCGGUACUUUUAUUUUCUGGCUUAGAGUUUUUUUUAUAUUGUUUUAUACUUUUAAAGGAAAGUGAUGGUGGUUGAGUUAAUUGAAAAUCUUUGCACACUCACCUCCAUUAAAGUAUAUUGCAAGCUACCUCAUUUAUUUUUUUUGAGGUUCCGAGUCUCAAGUCUGAAUUUGCUGGUAGCCGUACUCGUUCUUUUUCAGGGAUUAAUCCCUAAAAUUGAAAAGCGUAUUUCUUUAUUUCUUUUAAGGGCACUUGCAGAUCCAUUCCACGUGUAUAUGGACCUUGGUACGGCGCUUGCAAACCUUUUUUAUUUUUCCUUUUCUUUUUGACAUAUGAUUUCCAUAUGGAUGAACGUAUAUAAUGUACGUUCUUACACUUAACAUUCCCCUACAGAGCAGUGUGCAUUUUUACGAUUGUUUGUAUUAUGUACCACAGAAGUAUUUGUGUUUUGAGCACCCACAGCUCACUAUGAUACAGUACUGUGAAUGAAAACCCCUUUUUCCAUCUGGAUGUUGUAUUUCUGUUUCUAGCAUUCCAGCCCAGCAUGUCACAGCCUUCUCUCACCUACGUGUCAGAGCAGCUCACGGUUGUCAUUACUGUUGGCACUGUUGCUUUUUCUCUCGUUCUCUCGUCGCCAUCCUUCAGCUGUUGAUGCCCAUCAUGCGAGACGGCAGAGUAGAACUCUCAACAUCCCAUCUGUGAGUUUAAAGGGGAAUGCCAUCAAUUUUUUUUUUUUUCAACAUUUUUGCAUAAUACAGUUGUUGUAAACAACGUCGUUCAGGGUGCUUUGAUGUGAAAUGGUGCACUGUUGAGAAA